AUGCUCAGUACAGCUUCACCCAACAUAUCUCUUAUCAUGUUCAGCAUACGUUAUUCAGAAUAUUAUCGUGCUGAUUACACGUUUGAAGGUGUUCCUGAAGAUGCAUAUUAUGAACGAAUCUUUCAUUUAUUUCCUUCGUUACGUAAAUGUUAUCUUCGUUUUGGGCAUGACAGAUAUAACAUUGUAGACCAUCAAAUAAUUCUGCCACUUGAUAAGGCUUUUAGGUCGAUUCAAACAAGUCUUUUGAAGUUAGAAUCAAUUGUACUUCGACAUUGUUCAUUAGGUUUUCUGUCACAUUUACUUGAACAUCUUCCUCAGUUACAAGAUCUCAGCUUUGAACUUAGUACUCCUUGGCUACCUGGUCAACAUUCAUUAAUACAUGAUAAUAAAAAGUAA